AUGUUCGCACGAAACAACCGGGAGCUGGGCAAGAACCCAUGGGUAAAGGUCAAGGUGGAUACAGGUGACGCUGUGCCCGUAUACAUGCUGCCGUACUGUAUGGGAAAGGCCGAGUGGGAAGCCGCUGACACUGAGAUCAGCAAAAUCACCGAUGCUGGUCAUCAAGAAGCAGUCAUCAAGAAGCAGUCAUCAAGAAGCUUCUUGAUGACCAGCAUCAAGAAGCAGUCGGGCGGCCUGCGAUGUGUGGUGGACUUGUGCCGCCUCAACCAGGUGCUGAAGCUGCAGCCUUACCUGAUGGGCAACAUCCAGGACAUCUUGGACUCGGUCGCUCCACCUGUGGGGCAGAAGCGAUACUACUACUCAUUCGACAUGGUGUCCGGAUUCUUCAGCCUUGAGCUGGCCGACCAAGAGAGCAUGCAACGCCCUAUCUUCUUCACUACUUUGCUGCGCAAGAUCCUGGCCCCUAUGCUACUUGACGGCGGCCCGACCCUACCUGGGGCCACAGCGGAUGAGGACGCACUGAUGACUCCACCCCUGAAGUGCGCCACUCCGGAUCAGCGCUGCGUGGAGCAUGAACGGUGUCAGCAGAAGUCGCGGCAAGUACCACCUCGAGCGCACAGCAUGUCGCGCUCCAUCAGAGUUGAUAAGGAUAUCGUGUACCUCAUAAAAUUGACUUGCUCCUCCGCAGCUUCUGACAGGGCCUCCGCAGCUUCUGCCCUCGCCUUCUCGGCAUCUGCGCGCCGACCCAGCUCCUGA